GUGUGACACAUCCUCCACUCAACCAUGUCCCCAUAAGCCCCCCACCCCCGCACCCCCACCCCAACACCCACUCCAGUACCCAGAGUUCAGCACUAAAUCUGGCAAAACUCACCAAACUUAAGAAAUCAUUUUGCUGAACUUUUUGCUUUUCAAAGCUCUGAUAUAAACAACUUCUUAAUCUCAUAAUCUUUUUGAACUGUAGAAGAGAAAAUUAUGGCGUCUUUCUCAAACAUGGGCGCCAUUUGCAGAAUUACCUCUCCUCCUCCUCGUAGUAGCACUAGUAGUAGUAGAGCUCUCUUUCCUACUUUCCGCAGUUACAGUUUUUCACAAAUCUCUCGCUCUCGUUCUUGCAGACUUGGUAUCAGAUGCAGUUAUGCUGAAGCUGUUAGAGAGGAUCCUAGCUCGGGUGCAAUUGAUGUUGUCGCGGAUGUGAAAUCUGAACGAAUUGUAGUUAUAGGAGGCAGCGGCUUUGUUGGCUCUGCGAUAUGCAAGGCUGCAGUAUCUAAGGGUAUAGAGGCCAUAAGUCUGAGCAGAUCGGGGCGUCCUUCUUACUCAGGCCCAUGGGUAGAUCAAGUCACUUGGAUGGCAGGAGAUGUUUUCUAUGCAAACUGGGAUGAAGUACUUGUUGGUGCUACCGCAGUUAUUUCAACUUUGGGAGGUUUUGGUUCCGAUGAACAAAUGCAGAGGAUCAAUGGUGAAGCUAACGUUGUGGCUGUGAAUGCUGCUAAAGAUUAUGGGAUUCCUAAGUUCAUAUUGAUUUCUGUACAUGAGUACAAUCUACCAUCAUUCCUCCUUCAAUCAGGCUACUUCACAGGGAAAAGGAAAGCAGAAUCAGAAGUUCUUUCCAAAUACCCUAACUCAGGUGUUGUUCUUAGACCUGCCUUUAUAUAUGGGAAGAGGAAGGUUGAUGGUUUCGAGAUCCCUCUAGAUUUGAUUGGAGAACCUCUUGAGAAAAUUUUACGUGCAACGGAAAGCUUCACUAAACCAUUGAGCUCGCUGCCAGCAUCUGAUUUACUUUUAGCCCCUCCUGUUAGCGUGGACGAUGUUGCCUAUGCUGUGAUAAACGCUGUCAAGGAUGAUGACUGUUUUGGCAUUUUUACCAUUGACCAAAUCAAAGAAGCAGCAGCAGGAGUUAAGGUGUAAAAGGUUCACAAUUAAAAGAAAAAUCAUAUACACCUUUUUUGAAGAUAAAUGAUAUACAUCUUGUAACAAACUUAUUUAUAUAGAAAAUGUAUCUAUUACUUAUGCUAUGCA